AUGACGGGAAGAGGGCAAUUAGUGGGGGGUGCCACAGGAACACGUUAUCUUAUAGACCCCAGGCUUAAGGAGAAGAUCUUUAGGGUCUUUGGAAGGAGGGAUUUGACUCCUAAGGGUGUGAAUAGGUCUGGAGGUGCAACGAAGACCCUUUUUAAAGAGGAUUUUGGCAAUCUUGUUGGAGAGGCCUUUGAUGAAGGCUUGUUGAGAUGUGGGAAGAGUUGUAGGCUACGGUAUAUGAACUAUUUGCACCCCAAUGUAAAGCGAGAAAAGUUUUCCUCUUCUGAAGAAGAAAUAAUAUUCUAUCACCAUGAUAGGCGUGGGAACAAGUUUGCAUUCCAAGGCACUUACAUGGUUGCAAGGCCUGUGCCGUCAAAUUUAUUGGGUCAAAAACAAUAUGAACAAUUGCAACAAGAUAAUCCUAAGAGUUCCUUUAAAGAUUGGAUCGAAGACAAUGAUCUAACAUCAUUUUCAGCAGGCUUUAAUGUUGAAAUUCUUAAUCAAAUUGGCAAUAAUAACUUUCUAUCAACAAAAUUUGAAGCCGAUUCUCUUAUGGCUUUGGUAUCAAGUUCAUCCAAUGGCUCUGAUGAAUUACCUUCAGACAUUUCAUUUACCCCUGUGGAUGAACAAUUACCACCAGAGAAUGAUAAGAGUUUCUUUGAAGAUUUUAUCCAAGAACAUGAGUCUGAUUCGCUUCUUGCUUUGGUAUCAAUCUCAUCCAAUAGCUAUGAUGAAGCAACCUAA